AUGGGCGAAGCUCAGGACAUUUUCAAGCAGGGCCACGAGGCCAAAGGCUUGAAGCUCUCGCUGUUCGACAACCCCGACGACCCGACCAGCAAGAUACUGGUGGUGCUGUUCAACGAUGCCGCCAAGCUCGGCGACAACGUGGGCGUCGUCGUCGAGCGCGGCGUCUCGCGCGCCACAUCCGAGGACGAGUGCGGGCUGAUCAACGAGACCCAGCUGUUGGUGACCUGGGGCAGGGGCUGCUUCUCCGAGAUGGCGCGCCCGAGUGGGCUAGGGGAAACCCAGUGCAAGCGAUGCCGCCUGCAGAAAAUCAAUUGCGACGCGUGCGUCCCCGAGGCCCUCCCCCCCGACGGCGGCGCGAACGCCCCCGCGGGCGAUGGCGCGGCGCUGGGUGGUGAUGUUCCAGCGUUUCGGGAGGCGGCGGCGGAGGACAGGCCUGCAAGGUGCGGCUAUUGGAUCAAGCUACCUAAGUGGAGGUGGGGCUUCGUCGCGACCUUCGCCGAGUGCAGGGCCGACGACGAUGGCGAGAGCGAGGGCGAGGUCGUGCCCAGGGGGGCCGUCGAGAGUGCGCUGCGGGAGAUGCCCAGGGCCAUCGACCUUGCCACAAUCGCGAGUGGGCUGAACAGCCCAGGGCACAGGGGGGCGCGGCUGAAGACCAGGAGGGGCCAGUGCAGCGCUUCAUCCAACCAGGCCGAGAUCGACGCUGCGGGGCUCGUCGCGAAGCGCCUCGACUUGGCUGCGUGCGCCGAGGACUUGGCGAAGCCCGAUCUCUUGCGCACGCUGCCCCAGGAAGUGUUCGAGAUCAAGAUGGCUGCUAUGUGCGCGACGGACAUGGUAUUGCUGGUGUCGCUGGCGGUGGGGAUCAGCAGCCGAGCCGCGCUUGCCGUGGGCGCGGAGAUGUCCAGCGGCAGUUCCGAGGAUGUCGCGAGGUUCGUCGAGAUCGUAUUGCCGAUAAAGCCGCCGACGACUCAUGCCGAAGGGGAUUUCGAUGCUUCCGGUGGCGACGCUGGCUUUGAUUGGCGGGGCCCUUGCGGGUGCCGCGUCCCCGGCGACCCGAAGUCGCUGGUGCUGGUCAACGUCGCGCUCCACGUCGCAGUGAGUAGAACAGUUCAGCAUAUUGACGGCGUUCUGAUCAAAUCAAUGGGGGAUGCCGUGGAGGAGGAAGUCCAGUUGAGCGUAAACUCUGUGGUGGAGUGUCUGGGGGCCGUCCAGUACGUCGUGGACCUUGGCCCGCUGAGCUUCAAUUUCGCGUCGGGCUUUGACGCGAUGUCUUCUGCCGAGCCGAGCGCGUCCGACUCCCAUUGGAGGGGCCUCGGGUGCCUGUUCAACGAGCGGAUGAGCGAGCUGCCAUUGUUCCAGAGCAGCGUCGCGCCCAUCAGGAAGACCAAGGUGAG